CGCUAGGGGAGGGGACAUAGUUGACUAUAAAAUAACGCGCUUGUUCUCUCGUUGAUAGUAGUGAACAUAUCCGCUAGUGCUGCAAGAGCUUCUCCUCGCCUCUGGGAAGGAUCUUGUCUGGAGAAGCUUUUGGGGAAUUAGAAGCAACGGCCGCCGCGAUGAGAGUGCUGAUUGUCCUGUCGGUGUGCGUGGCUCUGGCUUGCGCUGCGUCGCCCCCUCGCUCUGCGCCCGAAGCCGGAGUCGAAGUCAAAGCUCGGACGAAGAGGGACCAUCCACCGGAGAGCAGCUACGCGGUGCCUCCCACCUACCAUGAGCACGAAGAAGCCCCGGCCCCCCAGUACUAUUACCCUGUUGAAAUGAUGCCGGCGGCGAUGGAGGAGCCGAUGGAGAACAAGAAGAAGGACAAGUGCGUUGUGCAAAAGCUGCUGCCUCCCAUCAUCUUGAUCACGAUUUUCUUGGGCAUCAUCGCCGGCUCCAUCGUGGGGCUCUUCCCGUCCCUGACUUGGCCGGCCUUCCAGCAGGUCCUCCCGAUACUCGCCCAGGCUGGCAACGGAAGAUCAAUGGAUGAUAUGACAACGAUGGUAACCCGAGCUGUGGAGAGCGAGGAAUGCUUGGCUCGCCUCGUCUGUGAAUCUGGAAAAUUGGCUAACGGAUACUCAACCAUUUUCAGCAUGUUCGAAUUCUUCACUCCUCGCGUCUUCGAGAGCAAGAUGAAGAUCUUCAAGGAGUCCGCUCUCAAGAAGACGGACUGCAAGCGCUACAGUUGCUCCUACGUGGACGGGAAGCCCAAAUAAGAAGACUCUCUAGCGACCAUUUCCUUCUCAUUCUUCGCUCCUUCUCAAAAAAGGAAAAAAAAAAAAUGCAAACUACGAUUUUUUUUCAAUAAUUUUCAUUUCCUUCCUGUCUGUCUUCUCUCCCAUCCCACCUCUCUCAUUCUCUCUCUCUCUCUCACUCUCUCUCUCUCUAUCCCUUUCCUCUUCUUUCAAAGUUUAUCUAUAAAAAAGAAACUAAAUGCCGCCUCCUUUAUUGCAAAUUAAAUCAAAUCCGAAAUUUCGAAAAAAAAAAUCUCUUCCAGAACUGACAGUGCAAUAGCUCACAUUUUAUUAUAUAUAUGUAUAUAUAUUUUCCCAGUAUCUCAGUGAGAAAAUUCAUGCUGGCUCAUGAAUUCUCAAAGUUUAUUCUAAUUACUUUCUACCAAAGUCCUGUUUCUGAUUUGUUUGUUGUUUUGAUGUUUCUAUUUAUUACGUAUUUAUUAAUAGCUGACAUAGCACACAUGACUUGAUAGACUCAGGUAUAACAUUAAGAUGCAUCUUGACCGAGACUACUUUUAUGACAACAAAGACUAGACUAAAAAGAAAAAAAAA